AUUCAAUCUCACAUUUUCCUUUUCUCUGAAUCAAUUCCUUAUGGAGAGAAAACCAACACCCUUUCUUCAGAUACGACCUCCCACCUUUGGAGACGUAGUUACUGUUCUCAGCAUUGAUGGAGGAGGAAUAAGAGGGAUCAUUCCAGCAACCAUUCUUGAGUUCCUCGAGUCGCAGCUUCAGGAAUUGGAUGGUGAGGAUGCAAGACUUGCAGACUACUUUGACGUGAUUGCAGGGACCAGUACCGGUGGUCUUGUGACGGCUAUGCUGACAGCUCCAGAUGAUAACAAUCGUCCUCUGUUUGCUGCUAAAGAUAUCAAGCCCUUCUACCUUGAAAACUGCCCUAAGAUUUUCCCACAGGAUAGAGGCCUGUUUGCUUCGAUGGCAAAGCUGUUCAGAAUGAUGACAGGACCCAAGUAUGAUGGGAAGUAUCUUCAUAGCAUUAUAAGGAAGAAGCUAGGAGAAAGGAGAUUGAACCAAACCCUAACCUCUAUUGUCAUUCCCACGUUUGAUAUCAAGAAACUCCAGCCUACCAUGUUCUCCAGCUAUAAGGUUAGCAAAGAUCCCACAAUGAAUGCUAAACUUUCAGACAUAUGUAUUGGCACAUUUGCAGCUCCAACAUACCUUCCAACCUAUUACUUCAAGAACAAAGAUAAAGAUGGAAAUGUAAGAGAAUUCAACCUCACUGAUGGUGGUGUAGCUGCUAAUAAUCCGGCAUUGGUUGCAAUUGCUGAAAUCACUAAGCAAGUCUCAAAGAAAAAUCCAGAUUUCUUCCCUACUAAGCCCAUGGACUAUGAUCGAUUUUUAGUCAUCUCCAUAGGAACUGGUGCAGCAAAGAUAGAAGAAAAAUACAAAGCUAAUGUGGCAGCCAAGUGGGGUGCUAUAGAAUGGUUAUUUAAUGAUGGUUCAACUCCAUUAGUGGAUGUUUUCUCCCAAGCAAGUGGAGACAUGGUUGAUUUCCACCUUGGUGUGGUCUUUCAAGCUUUGCACUCUGAAGAAAAUUACCUAAGAAUUCAGGAUGAUGCAUUAACUGGGACUGUUUCUUCAGUUGAUAUUGCUACUCAAGAAAACUUGAACAAUCUUGUUAAGGCCGGCGAAGAAUUACUGAAUAAACAAGUUUCCAGGGUGAAUUUAGAGACUGGUCUCACUGAACCUGUUAAAAAUGGUGUUACUAAUGCAGAGGCCCUUAAAAAGUUUGCGAAAUUGCUCUCGAAUGAAAGGAAACUUCGUCAACAAAGAUCACCCCAAACUAAAGUUGAGAAAUAACUGGUGCCACAUGCAAGUUUAUAGUAUCAUUG